AUGCCCGCCGAGGAACCAGUUGCAAUUGCAACAGAGAACACUCCUCUGCUGCGCGCUGAGAGCGUGGCCUCCAAUGGUACCAUUUCAAGCCCGCAGGACCCCGAUGAAGGUCAAAAAGAAUCACGCGCAACCUUGAAGUAUAUUUUUCCAGCAAUCUCAAUAGGAGUCUUUUUGGCGGCCGCCGACCAGACUAUCAUCGUCGCGAGCUAUGGCAAGAUUGGCAGCGAUCUAAAUGCCUUGAACUUGACAAGCUGGAUCGCGACCUCGUACUUCCUGACCUUGAGCUCAUUUCAGCCAUUGUAUGGCAAACUGUGCAACAUUUUCGGUCGAAAGCCAUGUCUUCUCUUUGCCUAUGUCUGUUUCGGAACUGGCAGUUUGUUCUGCGGCUGUGCUCAGAGUAUCAAUCAAUUGAUCGCAGCGAGGGUUUAUCAAGGAAUUGGUGGUGGUGGCAUGACGACCGUUGUUAGCAUCCUUAUAAGCGACCUGGUGCCUCUGCGCGAUCGGGGUCUCUGGCAGGGAAUCAUUAACAUUGUAUAUGCUUCUGGAUCUAGUAUUGGCGCACCGCUGGGCGGUAUACUGGCUGAUUACAUUGGCUGGCGUUGGGCUUUUAUCGCGCAAGCACCGCUGUGCCUCAUGGCGUUUAUUGUGGUCAGUGCCUCACUGCACAUCGAGAGCCCCGACACGGGCGAUUGGCGUACCAAACUGCGACGCAUUGAUUUUCUCGGGGCUACUGUCCUAGUAAUAGCUGUCCUAGGUUUCUCUAUUGCCCUGGACAGGGGAAGUAACGUCUCCUGGAACAUACCGAUAACUUAUGUCUCUUUGACCGUCUCAGUCGUCUUCUUCAUUGCUUUCAUUUUGGUUGAGAAGUUUGUCGCAACUGAACCCUUCGCUCCUGGCCAUCUAAUUUUCGACCGGAACCUGUUCGCAUGUUAUACAUGCAAUUUCUUUGGUUUUGGGGCCUUCAUGGGCAUCCUAUUCUUUAUUCCGCUCUACUUUCAAGCCGUCGAUGGUGUUCCUGCAAGCAUUGCUGGGUUCAGACUCAUACCGCAAAUCAUCCUCGGCGUAUCAGGCUCCUUGUCCGCAGGCUAUGUGAUGAAACGGACCGGAAAGUACUAUGGAAUAACCGUAUUUGGAUACUCACUCCUGCUCUGUGGCUCAAUCGUUCUCUUCCUCUUUUCUGGCGCCAUCGCGGAUGACUAUCGCUUCCUAAUCCUCGGUGCAAUGAUAGCUGCCUUUGGAAAUGGAAUAGGCAACACCACAACUUUGAUUGGACUUAUCUCGAAUACAAGCCCAGAAGAUCAGGCCGUUGUUACAGCUUGCUCAUACCUGUUCCGCUCCCUCGGCAGCGUUCUUGGGUUGUCGCUAGCAGCCACGGUUGAGCAGCAUUUCCUUCGCGAUCGAUUAGAGACUGCACUCCACGGAAGCGCAGAUAUAGAUCACAUCGUACAAGGCGUUCGGCAAUCACUCGGAUAUAUCGACACAUUGCCCUCCGAUCUGCAGGUUAUCGUUCGCAAGGCUUACGGUUGGUCUACGAAUCUUACAUUUGCCGUCCAGAUGAGCAUAACUUUCUUUGCCCUCUUCACCAGCUUUUUUGUUAGGGAGAAGCGGCUUUGA